AAAAAAAGAAAAAAAAAACACACACGCACACAAACAACAGGACAACGAAAAGAGAGAAACGAUCGCACGUGCGGGAAGGAAGUUGUAUAGAAAACAGAUUAAAACGAAUAUAAAUAGACACAAACGCGGAACCUAGCAGCGCGCGGAGUGAGUGUGUGUGUGUGUGUUGAUGCACUGCAGGUCAGUGUGUAAACAUGGGCUGCGUCGCCUCCAAGACCCCUGUAGCAGCGGGUGGACGGUUACCUGUCGACUGGACCGCCGAGAGUUCCAUAUCCGACCUGGCGCUUUUGGGUGAUAGCACACACAGCGGUUUGUCACGUCUCCUGGGUGUCCCGUUCGAGGACCUGGACCAUUACCUUGAGGUAAAUGUUGAAGACCCCGUCACCAUGUUGCCCAAAUCCAGAAGAGCUCUCACAAUUCAGGAGAUCGCAGCACUCGCCAGAUCCUCACUUCAUGGUAUCUCUCAGGUGGUGAAGGAUCAUGUGACGAAGCCCACGGCGAUGGCACAGGGACGCGUUGCUCACCUGAUUGAGUGGAAAGGAUGGUGCAAACCCACAGACGCCCCCAACGCCCUUGAGUCCGACUUUAACUCCUACUCAGACCUGACGGAGGGAGAGCAGGAGGCUCGCUUCGCCGCAGGUGUGGCGGAACAGUUUGCCAUUGCUGAGGCAAAGCUUCGUGCCUGGUCUUCAGUAGAUGGAGACGAGUCGAACGACGAUUCAUACGACGAGGACUUCCUGUCUGCUAACGAGCCUACUACACAGAGUACAGAUCUCUCCUCAUACCCUCAUUACCUGCGUGACAUCAUGCACACUCGGGUCUGUGAAGCUCGGCUGCGUGAGGCCGAAAGCAGCGUCGGUGUUGACCUUUCACCUCCGGCGGGGUUACCGGGGUUACCGGGGUCAGUGUCAGACACGCUGGGGUCGAGCAUGUGCAGCCUGGAGGAGACACACUCCCUGCUGCGUGACCUCAGUCGCUGUGGCGACGACCUCACCGCCAAGAUCCUGGGUGCUCUGCAUGGCAGGGAGGACCUCUUACUUUUGGCCCGCCUCCAGAGGUUGGGGCAAAGGCGGGGCCAUUUGUUUUCUGAGACCUUUGAAGACAAUGACACACCUUGCAAGGACUGCAGGGGCGGGGCUUGGUGCACAGCGGAAUAUUCCGCACGGAGGAAAGUUUCAGACGUUGCGUCCUCUGGCGUGGUGUCACUUGACGAGGAAGAUGGAGAAGAAGAAGCAGCAGAGGAAGACGCCGAAGAGGAAGAGGAAGAAAGACAGCAGUGAGCGUCGCCAUUUUGUUUUGACCACACCCCUUCUGUUUGGAAUGUUGGAUUCGGCAUGUUUGUUUUAGACUCCGCCCCCUUUCAUUUGCGUACAGUGGUGUGGACUCUAUAUAUAGAUUUAUCAUUUUAUUACAUUUUUUAAACAGCGUCUCAACAAUCUUUUCUGCAGCGGCUUGGAGGAAGAGGCUGAAAGAUGAAACCCGAAUCGAAGGAAAAAAACACGGAGGAACAAAAGAAUAAACAUUUUCUUCUGCAUGUGACGCAAGUGUGAAUGCUCGAGUGCUCGGGUUUAAACCCUCCGGUCCACUUUUGCACGGUUUUGUGAAUUCUGGCUGUCCUGUUUAGCUCCGCCCCUUUUCCCUCACAAUCUCAGGCCCCAUUGCAUUCUGGGUCCUGGGUGUGCAUCCUUUGGGCAUGGCUGCUUGCUAUGGAAACUCUUUACUCACUCUGCUAAACCGAGCCGCUGUCACCCUCAGUGCAGAGAAACGAGAACUUUCGCAAACGGGGAAUGUUUUCAAACCAAGCAUCUAAAACUACUGUUUUCUUUCCGGACUUGUUUUGUAAUCACUCAGUAUAUGAUGAUGAUGAUGAUGAUGAUGAUCAUGAAGAUAGGAUCACGGUAUUUAACCGAUACAGAGUGCGGAUUUGUGGAGAAGACGUUUCAGGGGUUUGUGGGAAAGUCGUUCUAUUUUUGUACGUGAUUUUUGGCAGUGAUUUUUUUUUUUUCCGUGAGUGUGUGACGUGUCAGAAAUGUUCUUUUCUCAUGUGACAAACACGUUUCUUUAAUCGUGUCUUUGGGCCUGAAUCUUUUCUGAGAGGAACAAUGUGACCAUGUUAGAUCUGCUCUCUCUCUCUCUCUCUCUCUCUCUCUCUCUCUCUCUCUCUCUCACUCACUCAGAGAAACGUCUAAUUUUUCUUCUUUAUCCUCCGGAAAUGUCAAGAACUGUCUCUCACACACACGCAGGCUAAUUUUGUUUGCUGACAGUCGUUCUCUCGUUGCCAUGGUGAUCCUAAGUUCCCUUGGACAAUGUUAUGUUUGUGGAUUCUGAUUGGCUCUGAGAGAUAGCUGAAAUCCCGCUCAAGUGUGUACACAUAUUGGACACAAACCCCACCUGUGUGUGUGUGUGUGUGUGUGUGUGUGUGUGUGUGUGUGUGUGUCUUUAUAAUGACCUACUAGAACACUCUAUCGCUCACAGGUUCCUGAUUUCUCCACGAGUUCAAUGUUUACAGUUGAGUGAAAAAGUUUGUGCACCCUUCAAACAAAAAGAUUCGUCUUCACCUGCAUUUAAACAUUUCAUUUUUUUUCUCUUUUGGCCACACCCACACAACUCUAUUUAUAAAAAACACGACAUUGUGUGUGAAGAUGAGGGGGCGCACAAACUUCUCCACCCAACACUGUUCUACAAUAAAGAGAUGAUGUUUGGAGUGCACUAUUGUUCCUGCUCACUGCUGUAAUACUGUGACCGUGUAUUUAGCUCUUUGUGGGGACCGAACUGUCAGCUGUGUUGAUUUUGACUGUGUUUAAUCCUCAUAGAGAUCUGUGACGUUUUUAUAUCAGAUACACACUAACUAUAAAACCCACCUGUGUGUGUGUGUGUGUGUGUGUGUGUGUGUGUGUGUGUGUGUGUGUGUGUGUGUGUGUGUGUUGGAUAUCAUGCAGGGCUUUUUGGCACCUCAGGAGAUUUAACCACAUCGUGCCUUUAACGUCGCGCGUGCCAUCGUUUCUAUAAGUAACUUUACCGCUAAUUAUAUUUUAAAGAUUUUUUCCUUUUAAAUCUUUUUUAUGUAUUUUCUUUCUUUCUCCAUCCCUCUCUCCCUCUCACUCUUUUUUCAUCAGAAUUGUAUAGUUUUGCCGGUGGGGCUUCACCCCAUCACCCAGCUCUUCUGUGAUUGGUGGAUUGUGCUGCCUGUCAUAGUGACAGAGUGGUUUUAUUUUGGCAGUUACACGUCACCAGUGGCCUCGUUACCCACAACUGGGUCAACAUUGAUCGCGUGUGUGUGUGUGUGUGUGUGUGUGUGUGUGUGUGUGAUGGUGGAGUUGUGUCCAAAAUGUCUAUCCAUCUAAUAGAAAGAAAAGGGAAAAAAAGCCUCAACUCAGUUUUAUCAGUCUUAACUGUUCACACACACUCUUAAUUAAGACUUCCUGUGACCCUCUGUGGUCUCUCUCACACACACACACACACACACACACACACACACACACACACGAACAUGAACAAAGUGCAAAUAUCCUGAUGAAAAAUGACGACUAAAAACUCACUUUUCUUUCGUUGUUUUUUCUGUUUUUCUUUUUAUCUUUGUUUUUACUGAUUAAUAAGAAAGUAUUGAAUGCUGAUUGUUUUAAAAUAUAACGACUUUCUUUCUGCAUCUGCCUAGUUUUAUCAAUAAACGUGUCAAUAUGA